UUUCCAAGAACUUUGUCAGAUCGAGUGACGGCUGCGGAAUUAGCCUGGGCAGCAUUUAAAACUGUGCGGAGCUCCUUUGAGGAAAAACCUGACGGCUUGUCAGUGGAUUAGACCAGGCAAUAUUGGGUGUUGCCGGCUAAAAGUUAAUUCUAAAUAAUCCAUUCGAUUAUCCAGUCUGGCAGCCGUGAUAAAUGGGAGGGAGCCACAACUCUGUCAGGAAUUUGACUUUGCAUUAUUCGGCUUGUUCCGCUUGCCCGAGAAGUCAAAGCAGCAGCAAUUGUGCAGAAAAAUAGUGAUUCUUUUUUUUAUUUUUUUUUUAAACACGAAGAAACGAUGGACAGUUACGAUGAGGUGAUUUCUUUCCUGGGGGAAUGGGGGCCGUACCAGAGGAGCGUUUUCCUCUCUAUCAGUAUCAUUAUCAUUCCUAACGGAUACCUCGCUCUUUCAAUGGUCUUUCUGGCAGACACCCCCCCACACCGCUGCCAGCUGAGUAACUCAUCCGCGGACGAGACCUUCCUCGGCAACCUGAGUUUGCCGCUGCCCACGGAGGAGGUGGGCGGCCAGCAGGUAUACAGUAGGUGCUCCAGGUACAGAGCCGGCCAGGACCUCGGCUCCAAUGGCUCCACUCUUGUCACGGAGCGUUGCCUGGACGGUUGGGUGUACAGCACGGACAGAUACGUCUCCACUAUCGUCACGCAGUGGGAUCUGGUUUGUGACCAGAAAUGGAAAGGACCAUUUACCACAUCGGUAUUUUUCCUGGGGGUGCUGUUUGGUUCAGCAAUCUCGGGACAACUUUCCGACAGGUAUGGACGAAAAGUAGUUCUAUUUGGCGCCAUAGCCCUGAGGACCAUCGCAAGCCUUCUCCAGCUGGCUUCUCAGAGCUGGGAAAUGUUCUGCGUUCUGUAUUGUUUUGUUGGCAUGGGUGAAAUCUCAAGUUAUAUCGCAGCCUUUGUACUAGGGAUUGAAAUCCUCAGCAAAUCGGAGAGGGUUGCCUUCUCCACGCUGGGUAUCUGUAUGUUCUAUGCCUUUGGCUACAUUCUGCUGCCGAUUCUUGCCUACUACAUCCGAGAUUGGAAGAUGCUACUUCUAACGUUGACCAUGCCAGAGUUUCUCUACAUCCCUCUCUGGUGGUGUAUUCCCGAAUCACCGAGAUGGUUGCUCACUCAAGGUCGAAAGGAAGAGGCUGAGGCGAUAUUGAAAUAUGCUGCCAGGAAAAACGGAGUCUCGCAUGUCGGACCAAUAUUUAUGACCAUUCACAGUGACAUGGACUCGAGUAAACAUUCACGGAGUUAUUUGGAUUUGAUUGCUACGUCCAACAUCAGGAAUGUCACGAUCAUUUUGUUAUGGAUGUGGCUGAUCUGUACCAUUGGUUAUUAUGGGCUGUCCCUCAACACUCCCAACCUACACGGUGACCCGUACAUCAACUGCCUCAUCUCCGCUGCCAGUGAAACCCUGGUGUACGUGAUGGUCUGGAGGCUGAUGCGCAUCUCACCGCGGCGGAUGGCGACGGCUGGCCCCUUGUUGUUUAGCGGCACCAUGCUGCUGCUUAUUCACUGGGUUCCUUCAACUCUUCAAUUUGUGAUUACCACGUUGGUGAUGGCGGGAAAAUCUGGUGCGACGGCGGCCUUCACCAUAAUCUACAUCUACUCGCUGGAGUUGUACCCCACUGUGGUGAGGAACAUGGGAGUCGGUGUCUGCUCCAUGACCUCCAGAAUCGGCACCGUCAUCUCGCCUUACUUUGCUUACAUGGUUGCACAGAUUGGCAUUUUGGCCUUCAUUGUGAUGGGGAGUUUAAUGGUGAUGGCCGGAUUGGUAAGCUUACUACUGCCUGAAACCCACAACAAGCCUCUUCCGGAGACAAUAUCGCAGAUGCAACCAAUGUACUGCCAAGUGCACGCCCGUGUGGGAUCACCCACUCAUUCAGAUCGACGGGAUUAAAGUCCCACUCAUGGUAGACCUGUAUUUCACACCAUCUAGCUCCAGGGAACAUUCUAACCCUCGCUCUCGAGCAGACUAAUAAGGAGACAGGGGAGAGAAACAUGACAUCUUUUGUUCCGCCUUGCUGAGGGAGCGCUGCCUUAAGACGCAAACUUAACACAAGGGGGACAAGACACAAACUGCAGAAGAAAGUCUUCAGCAAAAUGGAUCAGAAUCUCUUUAACAAAUCUCUUUGUUUCUGCAAUUACUUCUCUCAGAGUAACUUGUGUUGUCUAAUUUCUGAUGCAGAAUAUAUAAUGCUAACUACGUCAGGUCUGGAUGGU